UUAGGUCAUGAUCUUAAUUAUCUACCACAAUUUUAUAUCCAAAUUUUCAACAUGAGCAUAAAUAGUAACUUUGAUUAUCUCUUCGUCUUCUUACUCUUUUCUUUGAUCACUUCUAUGGUUUCAUCGAAGAAUCCUGUGUGCCCUUUUGAUUAUGCCUUCCAUUUCGGCGACGGCGUUACCGAUAUCGGGAACUCGGUUCGUGUUCUUCCUCCCGGGUUCACGAUUCCGCCUGAUUUUUGGCCUUACGGUAUCACGUUUCCUGGAGCCCCUAAUGGUCGAUGGUCCGAUGGCCUCGUCGACUUCGACUUCUCCGAAUUUCGGUUAAUUUUCGUAGCUCCUUUAAUGGGCUUCCCGCACCCGGUUCCAUACUUGUCGUUGAGACCGGACCACAAGAGCGAUGGCGAAGCCGUGAUCCUCUCCGACGCGGGAAGCCCGGUGCUCGACCGUUCCUUCUUCGCGAGGCAUAGAAUUAAAAUCCCAGGCUAUGCUGUUUCAUUUGGUGAACAAAUGAGAUGGUUUAAGACAUACCUUGAUACUCAAUGCUCCAGAAAUGAAGAUCUUGGUUGUCGCAAGGCUAUUGUUCGAAAUUCACUUGUUAUGCUCGGAGACAUCGAGGCCAACGACUUUGGCUACGCACUAAGCCAGGGAAAAUCUAUCGAGGAAGUGUUGAAGUUCAUUCCAUCGGUUGUAAGGACCGUAAUCAAUAUGGCAAGGGAGAUCAUCAAAAUGGGUGCGAUAAGAAUGGUGGUUAUCGGGAGCUCCCCCAUCGGGUGCUAUCCCUACAUGCUCACCGCAAGAGCCACUGAUGAUCCAACGGCCUACGAUGAUCUAGGUUGUCUGAAAGACGUCAAUGAUGUCAUAAGAUUAAAAAACGACCUCAUGCAACAUCACGUCGAAAAUAUGAUAAAGGAAUUCCCAAAUGUCGACUUAAGUUACUCUCAAUUCAGCAACGGCGUGCUUCAACAUCUUCGCGAAAUAAGCCAAGGCCCUUACGGGAACACGACGCUGCGAUCGUGCUGCGGGAUUGGAGGGAAGUAUAAUUACGACGCAAAAAGGUUUUGUGGGCACGAAGGAGUCCCGGUUUGUUCGAAUCCUAAUGACUAUGUGUUUUGGGAUGGGUUACAUGUCACCAACGCUGCCGGCUACCGUAUUGCGGAAAUUCUACUCUCUGGCGACAUCCCCACGUUCAAUUGCACAAUGCCGCCGCCGCCGCCUUCGGAGAUGGCUACCGUUUGAUCGAUAUAACGCGUUGCUUUGUUCCCUCUGUUCUCGACAAUGAUGAUCGAUCAACCGAAGCUAUUGAUUCGUCGUUUUUAGUUUGCCUUAAGUCGUGAAUAAAUUCGAGAUUUCGUCG